GGCAAGGCCAUCCCCAAGGACAAGGCCAUCAAGCGCUUCAUCGUGCGCAACAUCGUCGACGCGUCGUCCAUGCGCGACAUCCGCGACGCGAGCGCCUACGAGACCUACGCGCUCCCCAAGAUCUACAUCAAGCAGUACUACUGCAUCGAGGCCGCGGUUCACCAGCGCAUCGUCCGCUCCCGGUCGCGCACGGACCGCCGCAACCGCGACCCGCCG